CGCUCGCUCGCCGGUAGUCUGGCUCUCCAGCGAUGGCUUGUCUGGGAUACAAUGUGAGGCUCUUUAAAGCUACUGGUUUUCCCUCCAGACCAAGAGUUCAUCCAACACGACGUGCAUGUAGCAUCCGCUGUGCAGUUUCUCCAGUCACCAAGCGCUACAAUAUCACCCUGCUUCCCGGUGAUGGCAUUGGUCCUGAGAUCAUGGCCAUUGCCAAGGACGUUCUUAGCCUUGCAGGAUCUCAAGAAGGAAUUGAAUUUCAGUUCAAGGAGAUGCCUGUUGGAGGAGCUGCACUGGACUUGACUGGAGUUCCUUUGCCGGAUGAAACCCUUUCGAUAGCCAAGCAAUCGGAUGCCGUUCUCCUUGCAGCAAUUGGGGGGUAUAAAUGGGAUAAAAAUGAGAAGCACUUAAAACCGGAAACUGGUUUACUUCAGCUUCGAGCGGGUCUUGGAGCAUUUGCCAAUUUGAGGCCGGCUUCUGUAUUCCCACAAUUAGUUGACUCUUCAACUUUGAAGAGAGAGGUUGCUGAAGGGGUUGACCUUAUGGUUGUGAGAGAGCUUACUGGCGGGAUUUAUUUUGGAAUGCCAAGGGGUUUUGGCACAAAUGAGAAAGGUGAGGAGAUUGGUUUUAACACUGAGGUGUAUGCUACUUAUGAGAUUGAUCGGAUUGCCCGUGUUGGGUUUGAGACUGCUCGUAGGAGACGGGGAAAACUAUGUUCUGUUGACAAAGCAAAUGUUUUGGAGGCAUCAAUUCUGUGGAGGAAAAGAGUGACUGCAAUUGCCUUGGAAUACCCUGAUGUUGAGCUUUCACACAUGUAUGUUGACAAUGCAGCAAUGCAACUUAUUCGUGAUCCAAAGCAGUUUGAUACAAUUGUCACCAACAACAUCUUUGGAGACAUUUUGUCUGAUGAGGCUUCAAUGCUUACUGGAAGUAUCGGCAUGCUUCCUUCAGCUAGCCUUGGUGAAUCGGGACCUGGACUUUUCGAACCCAUACAUGGCUCUGCUCCUGAUAUUGCUGGGCAGGAUAAGGCAAACCCAUUAGCAAUGGUGCUCAGUGCUGCAAUGCUUUUGAGGCAUGGCCUUGGAGAAGAAAAUGCUGCAAAGAAAAUAGAGAAUGCAGUGUUAGAGACUCUGAAUAGAGGGUUUCGAACCGGUGACAUAUUCUCUUCUGGAAAGAAGUUGGUAGGUUGCAAGGAGAUGGGCGAAGAAGUUCUCAGAUCUGUUGAUUCUGAAAGACCAAUUGCCGUACUGAGUUGAAAAGCAUGAUCUCCAUUGCCUUAAAUGAACAGCCAGAGUGGGUCUUAUCCAUUACUCAUCUAGCUAGUCAACGACGAGAACUAUAUAGCUUAGAUAUAGCUUGGUGGGAAACUAUGUUCUUAGAACUUGAAAGAUGCAUCACAUGAGCUUUUGGAGAGAUAAUUUGUGCCCUUGUAUUUUCUCCUGUCAUCAGUGUGGUUCGAAUGGUCACUAAUUUUGUUGUUGUAUCUCAACUACUAUGACUAGAAGCAACAAAAUGGGGCUGAUGCAACCCAUUCUCAACCCUUUGCAUGAGUUUUUAAAAGGACAGUAAGUUGGUAAUAUGAAGUUAGCUUUUUC